GGCAAACUCACGUCCAUUGAUUAUUCUUUUUACAUUUGAAUGAAAUCAGUUAUCCUGUAGAACCGAAUAGAAUUAAAACAUUUUGGUCAGAUUUGACCCUUAAUCUUCUCCUUCAGCUGCUCGUCAGACGAAAGCCGUCACUCCUUUAACUGCAGCAAGUACUGAGCUCUUUUCUGAUUCGCCUUCGCCCAAUUGACGUCAUCGCUACAGUCACAAGACCGCGGCCAUGUUUUGUUGAGGUGGAAACAGGAAAAGUAAAAUACUGGAGGCAGAGAAACAACCUACUGCCAGCUUGAUCCGGAAUUCGAAAAGUCUCCCGUUUGUGUUGUUUUUAAGCGGAGUUUUAAGCGUUUUUGAAGAUUAUGUUGUAGCGUGUUGGAAAACUUUGCAUAGUCGGUUUGUAUUCGAACCUAAAAUUUACAUGGCUGUAGAAUUUUUUUUAAAAAGAAAACGAUUUAUUUGGAAGAAUAGCGGAGAGUAAUUUUAUUCCUGAAGGAAAAAGAAAUAUUAAUAAAAAGGGUAGGCUGUUGAGAAAGAUUGCUCAAACUAAUUGGGUCCAACUGUAAUAAUGUAAAUCAAAAUUAAGUUUAUCAUUAUCAUAUGUUCGAAUGGUGUUUUACAUCAAGCAAUGCACAACGUUGUUAUACCUCAUAUUCCAGAUUUCGAGCAAAGCAUCUGUCGCUUUAAUGUUUUUGAAAAUCGUAAACUAAAGAAAAAAAAUUGCUUGAUUUUUUAAAAAAUCUGAUUUAAUCAGUUUUUAUCUUGAAUUGAUUACGUCUUUCCGAAUUUUAGUUUGAUUUGCUUCUUAGCGAGUUCUACCAUCUAUGCUAGAAACUAUUAUCACCAGUGGCUUAACUGAUUAGCUUUAUACAAAGUGAAUAAUUGUAUUUUAUAACGAAUCAUUGUGCUUACAGUGCACAUGUUGACAAAUAUUUUAUGAUAGAUACUUAAUUUUUAUGUUUCUACUUGUAGAAGCUUAACAUACGCACAACAAAAGUUCUAGAAAAAUAGGUCUGAUGAAGUAUUUUUUGAAUUGAAAAAUUCACUUACCCUAAGUGCUAACUAAAAAGGAAAAGUUCUUCAUUUGAAGUUAUUUCUAGUCCAAUUGUUAUUUUUAAUUCUGAUUCAGAAUUAAUUUUGAAAGAGCCCAAAGUGCUAAUCAUAAAAGGAAGAUAUUUUGUAGAAUUUUGCAGGAAGUUUAAGAUAGAAGAUUCCCGAUAACUUUUAUUUUUAAGGACUAUUGAAAAUAACUAGUUCGAAAAGAAAAGUAUUUUUAUCUUUUGCAAAAUCUAUAUUCAUUCCAAGUAGAUAACGAACAUAGUGCACUUAUUUAAUCGAUUGAUUUAUUGUAAUUUGGACGUCGAAAAGCUUUUUCUAAAAAGGAGAUCUCCAGUUGAACAACAGAUGCUCAAAACGACAAAACCGUCCUUUUCGAAGUUCAUAAUUGUCUCAGAAAACCUUGUAACAAAACUAAGAGAAUUAGUUUAUUUUACAAGAAACGACAAAAUUGUGUAAAAUUAGAGAUUUUACUUCAAUUAAAACCUCUUAGCUAAAUUUAUUAAAUUUUUAAAAGUGACACAGCACACGAUAACACUUAGAAUUGCAUCAGUGUGUUGUUUUACCGUUCAGUGUAAUAAGCAAUAGUUUUUUUCUGGAUGAUUUUUUAGUUCUUGGAACUAUUUUAAAAUAGCUGCCUAUUGAUAACUUAAAUGAGAUAGCACUUUAACAGAUAUACUACUCAAUCUGUGUUUUAGUAGACAUUUGUGAACAAUAAAUAAUUGAACUGGAAGAAUAUUUUGAAAGAGAAUUUAUAAUUAGCGCGUUAUUACUUCUGCAUUUUAAUAGCUAUUUUUAGAACAUCUGGAUUGAACACGAAUAGUUUGACAGAUAUUGAACUUGCAAAUUAGAACUUUAGUCAACAUCAAUAUUUGAAAUUCCAUUUGUGGAGCAAAAAAAAGUGUGAUUAGCAAAUACAUUUCCCAGAAUGCCCAUAGCACCUAGAACUAUGAGUAAAAUUCUUCUAGCUAAAACGAUCAAGAAACUAAAUUCCGGCGUAAAAAAACAGGGGUCGGCGGACUCGAAUUAUAGCCAGCCUUCUUCAGAUCUCUCUCUGGAUGAAGAACGAGAGGCGCUACGCAGGGAGACGGAACGGCAAGCACUGGCUCAACUGGAAAAGGCCAGGACGAAGCCGGUGGCUUUUGCUGUUCGGACCAACGUCGCUUAUGACGGUGGUUUAGACGACGAUUCACCAGUUCACGGUUGUGCCAUUUCAUUCGGCAUUAAAGACUAUCUUCACAUAAAAGAGAAAUACAACAACGACUGGUGGAUUGGUCGCCUAGUAAAAGAAGGCUGUGAUGUCGGAUUUAUACCUAGUCCUGUUAAAUUAGAAAAUCUACGUUUACAGCAAACACAAACAAGUAGUAGGAAGUUAUAUACCAGUAAAACUAGUUCCUCUUCAAAUCUCGGAGGUCUAACAAAUGACCUUACUAACACAAAAUCAACAUCUAGAGGUUCAACUCCACCUACUCCAGGUUUCGAUGUGGACCAGAAUGGUGUAGAAACGGGUGCUGGCGACGACAGUGACAGUCUGGGCAAUAGUAAGCUCGGAAAGACUGUGACUACGCCGCCAGCGAAAGAGAAGAAGAAACCCUUCUUCAAAAAAUCUGAGAACAUUCCCCCUUAUGACGUAGUGCCUUCAAUGCGACCCGUAGUCCUAGUGGGACCUUCUCUGAAAGGCUAUGAGGUCACAGAUAUGAUGCAAAAAGCUCUCUUCGAUUAUCUCAAACAUCGCUUUGAGGGACGGAUCAUUAUCACGAGAGUUACGGCUGACAUAUCAUUGGCUAAAAGAUCGCUUUUGAACAAUCCAAGUAAAAGAGCAAUCAUGGAAAGAGCAAACAGUCGGUCAUCAUGUUUAGCUGAAGUGACAGCGGAAAUCGAGAGGAUAUUUGAGCUUGCGCGAACUCUUCAAUUAGUUGUUCUAGACUGCGAUACCAUUAAUCACCCUUCUCAACUACUGAAGACAUCCCUCGCACCCAUAGUUGUUUACGUCAAAAUAUCUUCCCCAAAGGUGUUACAAAGGUUGAUAAAAUCAAGAGGAAAAUCCCAAAGCAGGAAUCUUAAUGUACAAAUGGUUGCCGCAGACAAACUGUCUCAAUGUGUUCCAGAAAUGUUUGAUGUGAUAUUAGAUGAGAACCAAUUAGAAGAAGCCUGUGAACAUCUGGCUGAAUUUCUGGAAGCAUACUGGAAAGCAACGCAUCCCCCUGUAAAAACACCACCCCCUAUUGUUUCAAGACCCAUUCCAUCCCCUUCCCCUAGAUUAGAAGAACCCAGAGGUGGAGCUGGACUUCUGAGACACAAUACAACCCCUCCAGGAAUGAAUUACAGAUCAGAUAACGAAAGGAGACAAAGGCAUCUAGAUGAGCCUCUGUCUCCCAGUAUGGAAGUAGAUCCACAAAGUGAUUAUAGAAUGAUGAGAGAUACAACACUUAGAAGAGAGCUGCCUCCCAUAAGUGGAGACAGGGGUUACGGACCACAAGGAGGGGGCCCAUCUGAGCGGGACAUGCACCCCCUUCCAGACCGCUACCCGCAAACGCACCACUCGCAGCCACACCGAGCACCACCCUCCUCCAUGAUGAUGGACUUCAGUGACCAAGAGUACAGUGAUCGUGCCGCGUGGGAGCGCGGAGUUGUGAGGGAUCGCGAUCGAGAGCGUGAGCGCGACCGUGAGCGUGAACGAGAAAGGUCGCAGCACGAUUACUACAUGGAAGACGUGGAUCCUCAGAUGAAGAUGAGAAUGGAAGGAUCUCCCAUGGAUUACGGAGGGAGGUACGGAGCUUCAGAGAUGAGGGAGAUGCGGGAGAUAACGGACCCGCGGGACAUGCGACAUCAACCGCAUCAUCCUCACGACAGAGAUUAUCCCUCCCCAUAUAGAGGGCAAACUAUGGUGCAUAGAGAUAUUUUGUAAGUUGCCUUCUCACCUUCAUCUGACAUCUAAUCAACAAAUUCCUGCGUAUCGAUUUCGACUUCCUUUUUUUAGGAAGUGAAAGGAUGCCCUGGAGCAGCUGGAGCAACUUUCUUUAUAAAGAUCCCAUCGCUCUUAACAUUUCUGUUGAAAAUUGCCUCUUGGAUAUCAAUAAGCCAACCUUAUCUUUUUUUUCUUCUUGCUCUUCUUCCAUCACGUGACCAGCCCAUCCUGUGUUGUGUUUCAAGUUUCUAUAAUCUUUAUAUUUUGUUCGUAAAAUGUACGAAGAGAAUUGAAAAAAAAAACGAAAACAUUUUCUCUUCUCUUCUAUUGCUGCCUUCACAAAGUCCAUCCCAGCACAUCGUUGGUUUGUUGUAACGUUUGUAAUCAUUUUAAAGAAAAAAAAACUGACCUCAGGAAUGUGAUUGUGACCUCAUCACAUUCAAGAACUAACUAAACCGUCAACGUGGAAUGCUCAAUCGUAGAGACCGCCGUUGGCCCAUUAUUAACUCUAUAAAUAUAUAUAUAUAUAUAAUUGUUGACGCGUGUGUCAAGAAUAUUAAUAUUUGCGUUUUAACCAUUGAAAAAUAAAACUUGUGAAAUCUAUGCAUAAUACGAUUUCAAAUGAUAUGGAAGAGCUUUUCGCUGCAGAUUUUUGACAUCUAUGACUGUUCAUUUUUUAAUUUUUCAAAGAAUUCCUAAAUAAUCACUGGCAUGCUCAUUUUUUAAGUUUGCAUUGAAGUUUAAACAUUUUCGAGUCAGAAGUUCAAUUCAAUAUUCUGCAAUAGCAUACAUUUUCCAGUGGAGUUUCAAAAUAGUUCCUCCACAAUAAUCGGAAUUUCUUACAUUUCUACUUCCCAAGCAGACAAAGAAAAAUCAACUUACAAACCUAGUCAUGUUUAGCAACUUUUUUCCACUCUAUUACAUGUAUGGUGUUACCAAGUUCAUAUGACCCUUUUUUAUGAAAGUAACAAAAACUACUGCGUUAGCUGCGUAUCAUCUGUGAUGUGCUAAAACAGUUGUUUAUCAGCACCAUCGUGCUGAAAGCCUAAAGAACAUUCUAGAUGGAAAAGGUACAAAAUAGAACUUUAAAAAGUAGACGACAGGAGAAUCCCAACCGUAGGACAUUCUUUCAAAGAUGAUGCAAAUAAUAAUUGAUUGCUAGUCAAAGCUGUGUAUUAUUUGUGAUGAAUUUUGAAUACAAAACUGUUCUACUGACAAUAUUAGAUUUUUAUGUUUAAAACCAUUUUUUUUUAAUGUCAUAGUAGUUAUUAUGCUUUUUCCUAGAAAAAACUACGGGAGAGAUUUUUCUGCGUAUUUAUUAUUCUCUUCUGACAAUACCCUCUAUUAUAACAUUAAACCUGUGCAUAAUUUAUAGUUUUUCAUUCUUAAUGUGUUCAGUAUGAUGAAAAAUUAUACCUUUAAGCAAUUUUAUGCCUUUAUAAAGCAAUAUUUUUUAAAGUACACUUUUCCCUCAGGGAAAAAUAUUAUUUGGUAUCACUAAUCUCUCUGAAACCAAAACAGCUUUCUCUUUUAUAACUAAAGCUACUUUUCAACGUCAUAGAUACAGGAUGACAGAGCAAAACGGAAAGUUUUGAAAUAACUUAAUUUGAAGAAAUAAAAAAUAGGAAAAAAAUACUUUAUUGAGGAAAGUUGCAUUGAUGUUUUCAUAAUGUCGCAAACUGUCUAAAUUCGUAAAAACGUACCCCGAACUACAGUUCAUACAUUUGCAUUUCAUGAAAAUCUAGAAAUGUUUGAUGUAGAAGAUUUUUAUUUGUGAAAGUGCGUGUAUAAUUUAGACAGACGAAUAAUUUAGAAAACAAUUAUUUAAGUUGAUUCAUUUAUUAUAAGGAACGCUGAUUUUAAUCUAAACUUGUAAAUAUUUAUGGCAUUUUUAAAUUGACUAUUUGGGGUUGUACUGGGUUAUACAAAGAAAUGAAACAUCAUGGAUCGGCAUAAUUUGCACAAAUAAUGUACAAUUUAUAUUGAAGGAAGUCCGUAUAUACAGAAUGUCAUCUAUGUUUCCAUAACACCAUGUGUUUAUUUACUUCUUUAAGAAAGUAUCAGAAAGAUGAGCUACAUUAAGCUUUUCUGAGCUUCCACAACAGUCUAUUAGAAUAUAAAUGCUGGGUCAGAGAUACUUAUUUUCUGUGUCAUCUUUAAGAAUUUAGACAGUUUUUGAUAGUAAGUUACAUAUAAAUGGCUUGCAGUAUAUGUAUACUUUUAUCAAUUAAAAAAGGUUUUUACUUUUUUUUAUUUCUACAAAUUAUUUUUUUCAAAUUUUCCUUUUCUCCUACGGUAGCCUGUAUUGAGUUAAUAGGAAAAUAAUGAAUAAUAAACUUCGAAAUGAAAGAAUUCGGAUAACAUUUUAAUGGUAAAAUAUAUAUGCACUUACUGAGCCUAUAAAGAUCUUUAAAAUGAUGGAACUAUUUAAGAAAUCAUUUGGUUAUAAGAUACUAUGCAAUAUUUAUUCGUAAGGAGGAUUCGCGAGUUUAUCUAUGCAAUUUACAAAAGAUAAUAAGAAAUAUGCUACACGGUAAAGACUCUUUGUUUUUAAAAUUUGCUCAAAUGCGAAAUUGUGUGAAAUGAACAGUUUCUUAAAGCUUUAAGCGCGAUUGCAUUUUUGAAACUAAACAAAUUAAGUUCAUUUGCAUUUAGCAUUUUUAUAAAGUAAUUUGAAACCUAACGAAAAAAAAUUAGCAAUAUGUGGUACAAUAUGUGAGGCAGAAUGUUGUGGUACUUAAUAGUAAAAGAAUCUCUUUUUUACAUUUAAAAACUUUUGUUGUAAAAUCACAUUCCAGCACUGUCAUAAUUUUUCUGGGCUUGUUUCCUGCUUGUUUUCCAAAUUGGAAAACACGUUGACUUUAAAUAAUUUCAACUUCUGCAAGUACUUAAAUAUUUUACAUCUAUGCAAUUAAGAUACUUAAAAAAAGUUUUAAUGUCUUUAAUUUAUUAUUUUUUAAAUAUUUAAAUGGAUUAAGUGGAUAAAUCUGAUUUAUAAAAAGAAAAAAGUUUUGAUAUGAUUUAUUUAAUAGUUUUUCCUGUCUAUAUAUAGCUCAGUUAUAGUUUUGAAAACUUAAUAAGAUUUCUAAAAUGCUUUCAGUUUAAUAAAGCAUAAAAAACACAUAUUUCCAUCAGCCUCAAAAUUAACUUGGUUUGUUCCUAACAGCAAGUAAUCUAUUUAUAUUUUUAAAAAUAGUAUAACAUAUCUACUUCAUCCACCUGUCUUUACAAUUUUUAAUGGUUUUUUCACUUUGAAAACUGUAAGAAACAAUUAUUUAUAAUUGAGUUUGGAUUUAAAAGAUUCUAUUUGCUAGCAAUAAAAACAAAUAUUUAGUGUGUACAGGGAACCAAAAAGAAGAAAACAUCACCUUGGAUAACUUUUGUUCUAAUCAACAGAUUUUUCCCAGACAUUGCAUGAAAAAGGAGCAUUCUAAAUGUCAUUUAAUCUAGUAAUUAGAUUUUUACUGACUCAAUCUUAUUAAUUAUUUUAUUUAGUAACGGUAGAAGAAUGUUUGAACUGUAAGAUCUUCAAAUUUUUUCACUGUCUUAACGUAUGGAAUUUUAAAUGACCGAAUGAACAAAAUAGAUCGAAUAGUUCUCAAGAAAUCAAAUUUAAAAUAAACGACUACUUUGAAAUUCUUUUUUUGAAGGACUUUGGUCUGAAACUAUUCGAAUGAUUUCUAGCUAAUUUUAUAUUUUGUUAUUUAAAAUGAUAUGUUUCAAAAUUGUGUAGAUCUUGCAAUUCAAAUUUUUUCGAGUAUUGUUAAAUAAACUAAUAAAAAAUACUUAUUGCUCGAAAUUAUUUUUCACAUGAAAAUAUCUUUAUAACGAGGUAAAUGAUUUAAUAUUUGUGUGCGAAAAGUUUUCGAAAGUUACGUAAUACGAUAAAAGUGAAAUUAGCAUUAAGGAUUUAAACUCUCCGUUGCAUUACUGCCUAAACAAUUGGGACCCAAUUUUCUAAAUUGAAGCUACUUCACGUCCCGCAGUGGACUGAUCGUUAAGACACGUUUCCCAACAGAUCACCGAAGUCAAGCAUCACUAGCUGCGGUCAGUGUGCGGGGGGAGUGUGACCACUUGGAUCAGUCCGCUUAGGGACCGAGGGUGUGCGGUAUUGGUCCUCGCUAAACUGUUCUACCUUAAAGUGCUCGACUUCGCGUGCAGGUCGUCGAGCGACCGAAGCAGGGAUGUCAUCCCCUCUACAGAGGUUCAAAAUUGUGCUGUCAUGUCUUCGGAUCACCCUCAAGGAUGUUUCCCAGACCGUCGCCAAUAGCCCAUUGUGCAGCACUAGUGUGCCGUAAAUCAACAACAGCAGCUACUUCACGUGGAUUGAGGGUCACGAACCUAAAUCCAUCGAAAAAAAUUCCGAGGAAGUACGCUUUUGUGUCUGAUUUCGUAUCUCUAAAUAUUGCCUGCUCUAAUUAAUUACCAUAUCUACGAGGUCCUCAAACCAUUAAAAUUGAGUCCAAGUACUUAGCAAUCUGAUUAUUAGAUCAAAAGUGGUUCUAUGUGAUCAUUUGGUUUUUAAAUUUGUUUUUAUGCACAAAGCGAAAAUGUGUACUGUUUCAAUAGUUGACUCAAAUAUAAUUAUUUGGUGCUAAUUGUUGAAGUGACAAUAAGAAAUCAGUUGCAUAAACUUUCGCUGAAUAUUCAGACGCAUCGGCUGAUUUGGUUUAUAGAGUUAUAAAAUAAAAGGAAGUAGCUGCAAUCUGGAAAAUAUGGUUUUAAUUGUUUAGUCAAGAGCAAAGAAACAAGCAAUGCAUAAAGAAAUUUACUCAAAAAAUUCUAUUAGCAUAAAGGUUACCAAAUUUCAGAGAUAUUUCACUAUAUCUGAUAAACUUUUAACAAAAUGAACGCAAAUGUUUUUGCUCACAAUUAUAAAAUUAGUAUAGCGAAAGAAAAUUUGACAUAGAAAAUAACGUUUAACAAUCGUUCAAUAGUUUUUAUUAUUUUAUUCAAUAAGACUAAAAAAAAACUUUAAUUAUAAGGUAUAAAAAAUUUUACGUCAUUUUUAGCUAGGCAUUUUGAAUUGACAUACAAAAUUCGAACUCAAUCGAUCGUAUAAAAUCUGAGUCAUAAAAUUGAAAAGAAUAAUAUUUUUAAACUUUAUUUCUGGUAUUAGGUAAUCAGCCUAUUUGAAAAGUCAACCAUGAAAAUUGGUAUUUAGAAACUGAUAAUCCCAUCAUUUAGAACAAAAGUUAUUCAGGCUAUCUUUUUUUAAAUUAUACAAUGAUAAUUUUGUUCCAAAUGUACUGUAAAAAUGAAAAUGAUCGGUGUUAAAAAAGUUUUAUGAUAUUUUAUUUUUAGAAGGCCUUACUUCGUUUUUUUUUUCUUAACGCAUUUCUUUCGUGAGGCAAACAACUAUCGACGUCAACAGAUUUUUUAACCGAACGACGUUCACAGUUAAAACGUAAAUAAAGUGCAAAGCAGUGAGGUAAAGUACAUCAUCAUAGUUUAAAGUACAUAAAAAGGGAAACUUUUGGCACCUAAACUCUUUUGAAUUACUGUUAAAUCUGUACUAAUAACUCUUAAAGUGUUCUUACAUCAGUUUUUAUUUUUAAAUAUAAACCUUAUGUAAUAAUAAAUAUUGAAAAUUCGAUAUACAAUUAAUAUAAUAUUGAAAAAUCCAUAUGCAACCUUUUUCAAAAUGUUCAUCAAAAACAAUUUAACUCAUUCUAGUAUUUUCAGGCUUUAAAGUGCUCUUUGAAUUUAUAUAUCAAAUAGCCACAUUUUUUAAAUACACAGCUGGAAACUUGAAAUUUCCCCCCAAAUUAGCCUAGCUGAACUUCCCUUAUAAUUCAGAUGUAACAAUUAGCCUCUUUCUAUCUUAUAUAAACUUUUACUGAUUUUGGAAUAAAAUAAAUUUUCUCUCACAUUGACCAAUUGUAUUUGCUAGAGUAACGAAAAGUAUUGUCUGAUUAUUAGAGAUUUAGAAAUCUGCACUUGAAAGUAUUUAUUGCCUUAUGUGUUGCCAUAAUUUUAUUAUUCAAGUUCUUUUUUUCAGCUGCUCAAAAGAGUAUUCAUGGCCUUACGCAAUGCUCUUUAAGUCCCGACAGUUUUAGACUGGCAUUUUCUAAAGAUAAGAUUUUAUUCAACUCAGUAUUAUAUAAUUUGUAUUAUUUAAUAAAUAAUCCUAAGAUACUGACAUGGUGAGAUAUUACCAGAUUAAAAACAUCAUUCGUUUGAAAAAUGUAUAAAUAGGAAAUAACAGUCGACAUGCUUUAAGCGCUCAGAAACAGGCGUCCGUUUUCAAGAUUUGCCAGACGUGAAUGAAAAGUUAUUUGAAAUAUAAAACAUAAAGUUGUCAACAAAAAAUGGAAUGAGAGAAACCGAAACUAGAAAAACCACUGUAACUAAGAGAGAAAAAAAAUGAAGAUUCUUUUUUUUUUCUUCCUUCUUCUCUUGGCUACUGUAGUUUUUCUAGUUUUUGUUUAUCGCCAAUAAUUUUCAUUGGCCUCUUAUGUUUCAUAUAUCAAAUUACUUUUGUUUCUUAUCAUUCAUGCCUGGCAAGUCUUGAAAAUGGGUACCUGUUUUUGAGGGUUUGAAGCAUGUCGACUGUUAUUUCCUAUUUAUAUAUUUUGAAUUUAUAUAUUUUUAUUUGUUAUUCAUUUGGUAAUUCGUCAAUUUGUUGUUCAUUUGUUUAUUAUUUUUUUAAAGAAAAGUGUUUUCUGAAAGUUAGAAAAUGUAAUAUGAUUGUUUUCGAGCACCUCACAAUCGUUUUUUCUUGAGUAAAAUUCAAAGUUUGCAUAUUUUUACCGAAUAUUUUAGGAAUAAUGAAUAACAGCUUUAAAAUAGAAAUUACUUUAAACUAUUGUAUUUUAAAGAUAAUAACACUGUUAUAUCUAGCAUUUGAGAACUGUUAAAAGAUUAAAGAAAAUAUUAGUUUUUAAAAAUUUAACACGAACUUUUAGUCAGAGCAUUUAUGUUCGUUUUUCAUCGUGUCGUUAUAUUUCUAUAAAGGUGAAAACAAUUUUACAGCCGAAUUCCGUUAAUAUUUGUUUAUUAAAAUGUAUAUAUUUUUCAAAAGUUACGUUCCUGUUCAAUCCUAUAAUGGAAAGUAAAUAAUAAUGAGAUCGCAGCAAAAGGGAUUAUAAUUUAAUGCAUUUUUAUAGUCUGAAAUAAAUUAAUCUUAGAAAUCAUUAUACCUUUUGAGCAGUUCUAAAAUUUUUGUUGUGAUAUAGAAAUAAGUCAAAAUGUAUUUUUCUUACUUCCAUUAAAAUGUAAAAAAUUUAGGUGUAUAAUUAUGCAAAAGACUAUGCAAUUCUAAAAAUACUUAUUAAGUUUUGUAUUUGCAAAAGUUCAAAGGGAUAGUUCAAAAUCGGAAUAUUUUUCCAAGCCCUUGCACAGGCUUUCAUACUUGUACUAUUUUUUAAAAAAACAAACAUAUUCCGUGAUAUUGAUGCUGCAAUAGAUGUAAUACCAAUUAAUGUUAUUGCACUCGUUUUAAACGUUUGUUCCUGUUUUACGAUUAUUUUUGUGGCUUGACUGCAUAAUAUAUAUUAUAUAUUAAAUUUCUGAAAUUUUA